CUGAGCGAGCAGGCGAGCAAGCGGCUUGGCGAGAAGAGCUGAUGCUGCAAAGCCGCCCGGCGGGGACCAUGAGGAGCUCAGAGCGAGAAGAAGAGCGUGGAGAGGCAGCGCUCAGCUCCGGCCGGCCCCGGUAGAAGCCCGCGCGCUUGACUAUGGCUGGGGGCAGGCGAGGGCUGGUGGCUCCCCAGAAUACCUUCCUGGAGAAUAUCGUGCGGCGAUCCAACGAUACCAAUUUUGUCCUGGGUAAUGCCCAAAUAGUGGAUUGGCCUAUUGUAUACAGCAAUGAUGGAUUUUGCAAGCUCUCAGGAUAUCACAGAGCAGAAGUUAUGCAAAAAAGCAGCACCUGCAGUUUUAUGUAUGGAGAGCUGACGGACAAAGACACGAUCGAUAAGGUUCGACAAACGUUUGAGAACUACGAAAUGAACUCCUUUGAAAUCUUGAUGUACAAGAAGAACAGGACUCCUGUUUGGUUCUUUGUGAAAAUUGCUCCAAUUCGAAAUGAGCAGGACAAAGUCGUUCUGUUUCUUUGCACUUUUAGUGACAUAACAGCUUUCAAACAGCCGAUUGAGGAUGACUCAUGCAAAGGCUGGGGAAAGUUUGCUCGCUUAACUCGUGCACUCACAAGCAGCCGAGGAGUCCUGCAGCAGCUUGCUCCGAGCGUUCAGAAAGGAGAGAACGUCCACAAGCAUUCCCGGCUUGCUGAGGUCCUGCAGCUGGGCUCUGAAAUCCUCCCACAGUACAAGCAAGAGGCGCCAAAGACCCCACCUCAUAUCAUUUUACAUUACUGUGUUUUCAAGACCACGUGGGAUUGGGUCAUCCUGAUUUUGACCUUCUACACCGCAAUUUUGGUCCCAUACAAUGUCUCCUUCAAAACCAAACAGAACAAUGUGGCCUGGUUGGUCGUAGAUAGCAUCGUCGAUGUCAUUUUCCUGGUAGACAUUGUGCUCAAUUUCCAUACCACUUUUGUCGGGCCAGCUGGAGAGGUGAUCUCUGACCCAAAGCUGAUCCGCAUGAAUUACUUGAAGACGUGGUUUGUCAUUGACCUUCUGUCCUGUUUGCCAUAUGAUGUGAUCAAUGCCUUUGAGAAUGUCGAUGAGGGCAUCAGCAGCCUGUUCAGCUCCCUUAAAGUAGUCAGGCUGCUUCGGCUGGGUCGUGUGGCCCGAAAACUGGAUCAUUAUAUUGAAUAUGGAGCAGCUGUCUUGGUUCUGCUGGUGUGUGUCUUUGGUCUCGCAGCCCACUGGUUGGCCUGCAUUUGGUACAGUAUCGGGGACUAUGAAGUUAUCAAUGAGGAUAAAAACACAAUAAGAAAUGAAAGUUGGCUCUACCAGCUAGGGGAGUCCAUAGGAUCACCUUAUCAAUUGAACAUGACCACUGGAAAAUGGGAAGGAGGGCCGAGCAAGGAUUCUGUUUACAUCUCUUCAUUAUACUUUACGAUGACUAGUCUCACCAGCGUUGGAUUUGGGAAUAUUGCGCCAACUACGGAUGGAGAGAAGAUCUUUGCGGUUGCGAUGAUGAUGAUUGGCUCUCUGCUAUAUGCAACGAUUUUUGGUAAUGUGACAACUAUCUUCCAGCAAAUGUAUGCUAAUACAAAUAGAUACCAUGAAAUGCUGAACAGUGUCCGGGACUUCCUGAAACUCUACCAAGUGCCCAAAGGCUUGAGUGAACGUGUGAUGGACUAUAUUGUUUCUACCUGGUCGAUGUCUAGGGGCAUUGAUACUGAAAAGGUUUUACAGAUUUGCCCUAAGGAUAUGCGAGCAGACAUCUGUGUCCAUCUGAAUCGGAAAGUUUUUAAAGAGCACCCCGCAUUCAGAUUGGCGAGCGACGGGUGCCUGCGAGCUCUUGCGAUGGAAUUUCAGACCGUGCACUGUGCUCCUGGGGAUCUCAUCUACCAUGCUGGAGAGAGUGUGGACAAUCUUUGCUUUGUGGUUUCGGGAUCCUUGGAAGUUAUCCAGGAUGAUGAAGUCGUGGCAAUUUUGGGCAAAGGAGAUGUUUUUGGUGAUGUCUUCUGGAAAGAGACUACUCUUGCCCAGUCUUGUGCUAACGUAAGGGCUUUGACUUACUGUGACCUUCAUGUGAUUAAAAGGGAUGCCUUACAGAAAGUACUGGAGUUCUACACCGCCUUCUCACAUUCUUUCUCCAGGAACCUCAUCUUGACCUACAACUUGCGGAAAAGGAUUGUAUUCCGGAAGAUCAGUGAUGUCAAAAGAGAAGAAGAAGAGAGGAUGAAAAGGAAGAACGAAGCGCCUUUAGUUCUGCCACCUGACCACCCAGUCCGUCGACUUUUUCAGAGAUUUAGGCAGCAGAAGGAGGCCCGGUUAGCUGCGGAAAGAGGCAGAGAUGUUGACCUAGAUGUUGAGAAAGGCAACGUUUUAGGAGACCAUCCCUCCCGCACCGUUGUUAAAGCCAGCAUUGUGACUGUCAGGGAGAGCCCCGCAACGCCAAUCGCCUAUCAGUCUGCGUCAACGUCUGGAGUGUCGGACCAGGCCAAACUGCAAGCCCCGGCUUCAGACUACGUCGUGGGAAAAGUGGCCGGGGAUUAUCCCAAGCGUAAAGGCUGGGCCAAAUUCAAAGAUGCCUGCGCGAAGGGAGAGGACUGGAACAAAGUUUCCAAAGCAGAGUCCAUGGAGACAUUGCCGGAGAGGACGAAAGCAGUGGGAGAGGCCACUCUGAAGAAGACGGACUCUUGUGACAGCGGCAUCACAAAAAGUGACCUGCGCUUGGACAAUGUCGGGGAGACGAGAAGUCCUCAGGACCGAAGUCCCGUCCUAGCAGAGGUCAAGCACUCUUUCUACCCCAUCCCUGAACAGACUCUCCAGGCCACCAUGCUGGAAGUGAAACACGAGCUGAAAGAGGACAUCAAAGCUUUAAACACCAAAAUGACCAAUAUAGAAAAACAGCUUGCUGAGAUACUAAGGAUAUUAGCCUCUAGAAGAAGCUCUCAGACCCCCCAGGAGUUGUAUGAAAUAUCAAGACCACAGUCUCCAGAAUCAGAAAAAGAUAUUUUUGGAGCAAGCUGA